AUAUGAUGGGUAGAUCAAGCAGUUUGGCGGCUACACCACACGGGAAACAGCUGUCAGCGAGCUAACUCUGCUGGGGAACAGGGGACGCAUGUUGAGUAUAUCAACGGAAAGAGACUUUUUGGGGCUUGACGGAGAAAGGCAGCCUUGGUGGGGACCCAUCACCUAGUGAUUGGUGCAACCGCAACUUGCUUGAGACACGGCCAGCGCACAUGUCAAAUCAUUGCAACGGACAAUUGACGUAUGGGCGCGGGGGGUCUUCCAGCAACAGGGCGAAACCGGAAAAGAAAAGAAAUCGCAUAGCCUUGGUUAUUGGGGGCAAAGCGAGGCGGACGCAGGAGGUUCACGAUAAUAAAAGAAUGGCCGGAAGGGACUCACUUGUUGAAAUCGCACUGACGUCCGCCGGCUCUGGAACCCCCUAGCUACCGAGAUGCCGUCCGAGAAGGAAGUGCGAAGAGUGGAGUGGGGCAGGAAUUUAUUAGGCGAGCAGGGACGUCGAAAUGAAACCCGCAGCCUUGUCGAGGAAGGUGGGUCCGAUAUGCGACUGCGACGAUGGGAGGACGAUGAUACUGUCGAUGAGGAGGAGGAGGAGGAGGAGGAGGAGGGAGAAGAUGAUGAUGGAAGUGGCAGACGUUGUUGUUUUAAAGCAAGACCGCUGUGCCUGGACGGUCGCGUGUAUUUGCCAGGUUCCCGUUGGCCGACCUGUUUGGUGCGAGGGAGUGCUUGGAGGAGAGUGGUAGUUGAUGCGGGGUUGCCAGGCACGAGACGAGGCUUGCGUUGCAAAGACACCCCAAAUGCACGGAUGGACAUCUAUCUUCUCUCUCGACUCUCCUCAGAAGUAGAGCAGAGCAGGAAAACGCUCUUCUUUAUGAGGGGAAACCCAAUCGGAGGUUGGGGACUUAUGUCGGCGGGUUUUUGUUAUGAAUGACAUUUUGGAUUUUUUAUCGAUGACUUGCUCGGUGAGCUUCCCUGUCCCCGAAGAAGCCUCCAUCGGUAUUGGGCGCGUUGUACAGAAAGUAUAAUGUAUGUGUGCUGCUGGAUUUGUUUGCGGUUUCACUCAGGCUGUUCAGCAGAAUGGCAUGCUUCUACUGAACCUACGUCGGAGUGAGGUGAUCCUACCAUCGCUACACUCAUCAUCAUCUCUGAAAACUGA